AUGGGAUCGGCAGCUGUAGUCGACCACGUGGUAAAACAUGUGUUAGGGGUAGCCUUGAAAAAAUCGGAGCGAACGCCACCAAGUCAAAGGAUAGCAGGAGUACAUAAUGAAAGGUUAUAUGUAGGACAGUUUUAUACCCGUAUUACAGGGGUAGCAUCCACUGAAGAUGUCACUAUCAACAUGGAUGGGAUCGAUGAUGUAGCAAGGUCGGCGGUAUUCGCCUGCAUAUUGCAUAAUAGGAAUCCGCUAACCUUGAUGAGUGAUGCUUUUACUAGGGGGACGCAAAGUGCGGCGCACAUAGAAGCAGAGAGGAAUCCCUUCGAUAUGCCCGAACUCACUCAAGGAGGCAAGUUGCAGAAGGACGCUCAGGUGUAUCUCCGGCAGCUGAUCGCAAACAUCAUUAAAAUAAUCGUUGCCAAUUCAGCUUUGUUGAUGGUGUGUCCGAUGUUUUUUAAUUUGGAGGAUUUAGUGGCAAAAGAAGAUUUGAAAAAAGAACCACUGGAUGUGGCGGACGACAAUGUGAGGAGUAACAUGCUAACGGAGACAUUGUUACCAAUAAAAAAUGCCAGUUACGUGCAACAUCUGCUCACUGAGAUGUGGAACAAUGACGAAAAAGUCACUACCGAUGAAAUGUAUCGUGUGUUUACACAAAUCAAAAACAGUGUAAUAAAGAGGCCUAUCGGUGAAAAGCCCCUUGCAGAAAUAGCAGCGCUCACAAAUUUGGUUGGUAUUAAGAUAGGUGCAAGCCUUUUUGUGAGGUGGGUAAGGGAACACGAGACCAUAAAGGUAUCAUGGAAGACUUCCGGUGUCCAGCGAGACGUCACCUCCCUAAUGGGACGAAUACUGUCCUCACCACCCCUGAACGAGGAGACGAUAAACUCAGCAACAAUGAUGACAAGUGAUUCCGCUAUAUACGAGAAAGCGCAGAAUUUCAGGAAACUCCAUUUCCACGGAAGAAAGGAUGUAACUUCAAUUCGCUCUUCACUUGCCAGCGUUAGACAAGAGCACGAAGCAUAUAUAGAGCUAGUUGCCAACUUUUUAAAGACGAUAUUGAGAACAGAUUUCAAAACACGAAAGGAAUUGCUCGUUCUAGUAGGACAACUCGUAGGAUUUAACUCCACGAAGCGAAAUAUAUCAAGAAUCACUCAUGUCGAUCAACCGCCCAUCACACUCGAUGAUAACUUCAGUAGGAGGCAAUUGCUCAUGCCAGACUCGACUUUUGGAACAUCUCUCAAUAUAAUGUGGCUCAUGUUAGUACUUGCAAGUGGGAUCACUGAGAAGAAACUGGACAGCAUAGACCCGAAUUUUUGCCAAAUUGGUUUCUACACCAAGCACAAGAUACAAACUGCUAAGGAGAGGCUUUCGAAAGACGAGGAAUUCAUACUAUAUGACAUGGCUGCGAUGCGUACAGUGGUAGACGGUAUGAUCGGAUUCAUCUCUUCGGGCAAUGCCGGCAUGGGGGAUGAAACUCAGCUCAUUGAGGUGCUUGAGAAGCAAAACUUUGACGUAAAGGCGGCUUACAAUGCGAAAUUCAUUACACAGAUAUUUUGGGGCACGCUUCAUGCAUUGGGGAUGCUCUACUUGCCUAGCAUCCAGGAGUUCCUAAAACUCAUCAUAUUCACAGUGCAAGCUGCACAAGCGUCAGCCGACCCUCUUAACGACACCAUAUUUGAUCUGUUAUCUCAUGUUUUCAUAUGGAGAUGCGUGAUGCAACACAAGAAGUUUCUAGAGGCGCUAUGGCACUACAUCAACAUAUCACUUCAAUUCUUCCUAAGAUGUGCCUUGUUGAGCAGAAUGGAAACUAUACAAGCUGUGGAAAGGACUAAACUAGAAGGAACCGCGCUUUGUGUUUACAUGGUUAACCAGUUUGCCUCUGGCAAGUUACAAGGUUCCGACGAAAUGACACCAGAGUUCACUGUACUUCCCGUGGAGUUCAUUGAUAUCGUGUUGGAUGUUAUCAAACAGCUCUUCAUUAUGCACUACUAUGUAGAUCAUAUCAAGCCAGAAGAUGUGGAAGUGUUUGAGUUUAUGGACUUUGAACUCGUAAUCGCAACGUGCAUAUUCAUGAUGAAGGCGCCGCAAAUGACUAUUAAAAACCUCACACUUAAGUGUGAUACCGUCUCAUCAAUCGUCUUACACUUGUGCAAAUCGGCUGAAAUGGCAAGUUUUGCCACAUCUCAAAUCGCAAAACAGCAUCUUGUGGACGCACUUACAAAUGUGUUUAUAGCAUCACAGAGGGCAGACUACAAUUCAAGGGUAUCAUGUAGGCUCAACGUAAUACAGACUUUAACAAAGCUCUUCGAAAUAGAGGUAUACAAAAGAAGCUUUGUUACACAUUCUCUUGCCAGCAAAGAUGUAUUUGUGCAGUUUAUGCACCUACUACUCAAUGACACGUCAUUCAUAUUCGAGGAGGUGGUCACAUUCCUAUCGGAAAUCAGGCGCCGAGAACUUGCUGGUAUUACUGACGAGCAGCCGGAAAGAGAACGUCAGAACGACACAACAUCCAGCAACAAUAGGGCUGCUGGGCAAGAGCAAGGGGAAUCUGAACGACAGGGGCAACGAGCUGAUGACGAGCCUCUCGAUCCAUCACUUCAAGACGGGAAUAUUGACCCUAAUCAACUCAAAAGUAUGAAUUUCGAAGAACUCAAAAGGCGUACACGCAGCCUUGUGGAAUAUGGUUCUGAAAUUACAAAUCUGCUUCACAUUCUUUGUAGAGAGUUCCACAAUGAAAUCACCAAUCUAGCAGUGUUAUUGCCACAGAUGGCAUCGUGCCUUGGAUGCUGUCUGGACAACCUGGCUGGCGAAAGUUGCACAAAACUCAAGGUAAAAAAUAUGAUGGAAUAUGAGUUCAAACCCAAGGAAUGGUUAACUAACAUAGUUAACUGCUAUCUUGCACUCUACGGCGGAGAGAACCCGCAAAAUGCGGAGCCUUUCAUGAAGGCACUAGUUUCAGAAGGUCGUUAUUUCAAACCUAUCAAUUUCGAACGCGCAUACAGGAUCAUCACCAGGGAAAUGCUACUCACGUCUAAGGACCGGCGUGCUUUCUUCAACAUGUCACAGAAGCUUUGUAUGUACGCGAAAGCAAACAGCAAUCUAUAUCAGAGUGCGCUUGAGGCUGAAAUGCCAGAAGAGUUCCUGGAUCCAAUCAUGAAUGAUAUCAUGGAGGACCCUGUGUUGCUACCAACUAGCGGAAUAGUGAUGGAUCGCAAAAACAUUGAACGCCACCUCAUGUCAGAGGCAACGGACCCCUUCAGCCGGCAACCACUGAUCAAAGCGGAUUUGGUGCCACAGGAAGAACUCAAACGUAGAAUUGAUGAAUUUAUGGCAUCGGUCUCUCAUAAGGGAGGUGGUGCUGAUGAUUUCUAUCAGUCUUAA